GCGUCUGUGUCAACGGUUUUGUUUGAAGUGUACGAGUAAAAUAGCGAAGCGUUAAAACCUGAGCGGAGGAGAAAAUCCCUUCUCAAUGACACAGCAAGACGGAGUAUUGGUCCUCGCGACUAGACUAAAAUAUGCAGCGAGAAAAGAAAUCGUCAAUGGGGUUGAGAGGAUAGCGGCACCUGAUUGAUCACCUACAUAUGUAGUUGAGCAGCUGCUAAUUCGGCCAUGAAAACUGAUUUUUCCGAAAAUGCAGGCUGCCAGAAUAUUCUCAGCGGGUUUCUCGGUUGCGUGCCCCCCCCCUGCGGCUUUGCUUGCCCCCCGCCCCCGCCCGAUUAUUGUUUUCGCUGCAUUAUACAUUCACAACACGGUAGGGGGCAUGGUCACCACCUGAAGGCAACAGAACUCGACCGUUUUCCGUGGCUUACGAUCUUUGAAUCCUUACUUUUCUUUUGCUCCGAGGAUCGAGAGUGCGCAUUUGCCUCGAGAGGCACCGAGAGAAACAGAGAAGGCAUGGCUCGGGCUGCAAGGGCAGCAAUCGCGGACUCGGGAUUAUUUCUGUCCGACAGCAACCGCGAUGAGGAAGACAUCACCCUUACGAGCGAAGAGAACGGCGCGGACUUUGGCGUUUCGCAACGGGGCACCACUCACCCGGCGGCCCCGAUGGACAGGGCUUGGGCUAUCGCCUUCUGGGUUAACGUGUGCAUCACCGUCCUGUCCGCGAUAUUCUUCAAGGCUGAGGGCGCAAAGGCGGUGAACGCGCAUCAUCGGCGCCUGUCGGGCGAUAGCGCCGCCGGAUCGUUGCUCGCGCCACUGCUGAUGGUGGUGGCGAUGAUCGCAGUGGGGUGGGGCGUCGCUUGCAUGGCGCUGUACUCUCUUGCUAGCUGCCCCAAGCGCAUGCUUCAGGCCGCUUACGUGGGCUUUGCGGGUGUCUGGGGCGUGGCAGCGGCAGCUGCACUGUGGAAUGGCAUCACGGUCAUUGCGGUAGUGUGCGCCCUUGUGUGCGCCAUCGUCGCCUGGGUGUUCUGGAAGAACCAGAGCCGCCUUCGUUUCGGCGCGGCCAAUCUCAAGGUGGCCGCCCUUGCGGUGAGGUCCAUGCCUGGGACGAUCCGCUUGGCCCUCUUCAUGAGCGCCGUCCAGGUGGUCUGGUCCAUGCUCUCGGCCUCGGCUGCGGGGGGCUCCUUCGCCGCAUUUUCGCCCGUGGUCGUCGGUGCCGACGGCACCACCUACUCGUCCCUGGAGUGUCAGGACAUUACCGUCCCCUCCUCGCCCUACGGCGGCGGCGAAACUACUGCCGGUUCGGGCCUCUCGUGCCACUGCGGCGGCGAGGUUAUCUCUAGCGACUCUGGGUGCGAAUUCAGUGGCGGUUUCCCGCGCUGGGUGCUCGCGGCCUUCUGGCUGGGGAGCGUCACCUGGGUAAUCGCCGUCCUGCGCAACGUCGUGACGGCUACGGUAGCCGGUUCCGUGGCCUCUUGGUGGUUCUCCCCGGGAGACACGAGCUCCGUGCGCGGUGCCUUCUACCGCGCCACACACAGCUCGUUCGGGUCGUUGUGCAAGGCUGCUGCGAUCGUGGCCGUGAUACGGGUGGCCAUGUUCCCCCUUCGCCUGGUCUCCCACGCUCUCUGCCUCAGGUGUUUCCUCCGCAGGUUUCGGGAUGCUGUCGGCUACGCUUCCGCCUACGCCAUCUGCUUCAUCGGCAUCUACGGCUUGGGCUUCUCGGAAGCCCUUCGACGAGUGCACGAGCUGUUCCAGAGGCGCGGGAUAACAAUGAUCGCCAACGACGGCAUUGUCAGUGUCGGGCUGUUCCUGCUCACCAUGGGCCUGAUGUCUACCUACCUGGUCGUGGUGUGCUCGAGUAUGGUGAUGUUGACGGGCGUGCAGUUCUCCGGCAGCUUGGACGGCCUCAUCAUGUUCGUUGUCGUGGUGUUUGUCUUCGUGCCGGUGGCGGUGUGCUUCUCGACCACCAUGUCCGUCUUGCGCUCGGGCCACAAGGCCGUCUUCGUCUGCUUCGUACAGGACCCUGAGGCGUUCGCCAACAACCACAGCCAGAUGUACGAUGACCUCUCAGGGGCGUGGCAGCAGAUACAGACGGAGUGCCCCGGGGUGGCCAGCAGCAACAUCCCCCACGUGCCGAUCGCGACCAGCCCCAAGAUGGUUGAGAUGCACGACCACCGGGCCACCACCCACACCGAAUAUCAAGUCUGAUACAUCAAAACCGUUUUGUUGGGUGCAUGCCGAUAUCACGAACAAUGAUGAGAUGUACGGCGCCCGAGCCCCGCCGGGUCGCUCCAACAACAACACGCUUGUGUUGACGGUUUUGUUUGAAGUGUACCAGUAAAAUAGGGAAAGCAUUAGGUGGAGUUAAAUCUGAGCAGGGGAGGGAAUCCCUUCACAAUGACAAUGCAAGACGGAGUUCGGCCUUCGAGCAUAGACCAGUGGCCACGUCGAUGGGAUUGAGAGGAUACCAGCGCCUGAUUCGAUUUACCUACAGUAGUAGCAGAGUACCGGCUGGACGUUUGUUGUAGUUCAGCAGCUGGGCCACAUAGUUCUUCCACCUCUGUAAGCAGGUCUGGUAGGGCGGAAAAUGGCAUGCCGAUGGCGGUGCUCCGCUGUUAUCACCGCCAACAGCAUCAACCGUGCACCCUUUCGGAUAUUCUCAAGAUUUCCAUGUUCAACGUUUUUCUUCUUCGGAUACUCGGUGUCUCCUGCAAUCACCCGUGGCUUCUCGGCCCGACUCUCCGCCGCCCACCUCAUCGUCUGUUGGUCGUGGACGCCUCCCUCACUACCCCUGCAGCAUCUUUGUGGUGUGGGGAACGGGGGAUAAGACUUGGAGAUUUUCGCCGCAGCUCACCUCGUCGUCUCCAGUUACGGAACGAACUAGUAUCUCGUAAAGCGAGCUUCGACACUCGUCGGAAGCACCAUCGAUUCUCCUUCUUUUUCUAUUGUUCGCGGCUUUCGCUGUCCCAGACCGCCCGCGCCGUACCGGUGCCGCCGCCGCAGCCUGUGGUUUCUCUGCUGCCUACCACGUAUCCGCCGUUGCUGUGGAUCACAAGACGCACGUAGGAUAAGACAGCUUGACAGGGUGCUCAUGUAUGGACACAAGGAGCCGCGUUUAUUGUACAGCAGUGGCGUAGAAUGUUGGUUAUGUUGCAGGAUGCAUGUUGCUUGCAGCAUGUAGUCUAUGUCGGCAGAAGCGCAUGUGGAAUGUGGAACGUAC